CUCAGCUUCAAAAACCAAGACAAGCCAGUCGUCAAAAUUAUACCAAAUAGGAAUGGGCUUGUGAGACUGAUCUACUGCAACCCGCCAUCCUUCUGAGUUCCCACAUGACUAUAACGAUUGUGGGCAAAGCAAGGCAGUUCAACGUAAACAAAGUUGUAAUGAUUCCAUAUGAUCGACUUCGAUGCCGCUGGCUAAAAUAAAGCUCCGAGGAGAUACUCAAGUCAGUACCCUGAAUUGCUAUUACAGCUCUUAUAAUUGGUCUAGGGCGUUGCUCUGUUUUUAUAUAUGUAGUCCUUGGAUGACUCUUCACUGCCGGUAAAUAAAUACCCGCCACGAUCUUUGAAAUUCUUUUCUCUACUCAGUAUCUUCCUCAACUCAUAUUUGAAUAUUUGAAGAUCCAAGUUCAACAAAAAUGUAUAUCAAGGGACCUCACGCCGAAACCGAGCUUCCAGUGCUCAGGAAGCUAAUUCGAGAGAACCCAUUGGGUCUUCUGACUACCGCCAUUCCCUCCCCAAACUUCCCCUUUCUUCAAUCCAGCCAUAUCCCCUUCGUUCUGGAUAUCGAAGAUGAGACAAGCGAGACGGAGCUGGGAAAGCUACGGGGUCAUCUCGCCAGAGUCAACCCUCAGAGCAAAGCCAUGAUCGAGAAUCUCACCGAAAAUCCAAACCUGAAUAACGUAAUCGAGCAAGACGUUAUUGUGAUUUUCAACUCUCCGAUUCAACACUAUGUCACACCAAAGUUCUAUACAGAAACCAAGCCCACGUCUGGAAAAGUUGUUCCAACAUGGAAUUACGCCGCAGCACAAGUCUACGGCCGGGCCAAGAUCUUUUACGAUACCAAGACCGAUGAGGCUGGACAAUUUCUUUCGAAACAGAUUUCUGACCUCAGCCGCCAUGCCGAGACUAAUGUCAUGGGCUUUACUGGCGGCGACAACCCUGUGGACUGGAAGGUGUCUGAUGCCCCUGAUCGGUUCAUCGAGCUUCUGAAGAAGAGUAUUAUCGGAAUUGAAAUUGAAAUUACGCACAUGGGAGGAAAAUUCAAGAUGAGCCAAGAGAUGGGUAUGGGUGAUCGAGAGGGAGUCAUCAAGGGCUUUUCUAGGCUUGAAUCUGAGACUGCAAAGGAGAUGUCGAAGCUGGUUCAGACUCGAAGUGAUUUGAAGGAAGCGAAGAAGGCGAGCGUGUAAACUGGAUAUCUAGGGAGAAGCACUGUUAUCUCAGACGAGUUGGUGGACUAAGAAGCCGAAGUAAGAGUUUGCUAAUGCUGUAUGUAGUUCUUAGAUCGAAAUUACUCAUUUACCUGCCACAGAGCGAAUCACAUGAGAUUGUACUUGAUAAAACAAGGAAUAAAGAUUUCCCCGGUAAAGCCAAGCAUGAACAGACAGUGUUGGUUUAUACAUGAAUUACAAAG